AUGGGCUGCGUGCACUGCAAGGAGAAGGGCCGGGCCAAGGGCCAUGCCCCGCCGGCGGUGCCCGAGCCCGCCCUGCCGCCGCCCGCGGACACCUUCACCUGCAUCCCCGACUUCAACAACUUCCACGGGGCGCCGGCGCCCGCGGCACCCGUCCCCACCGUGUCGGGCCUCUACCCGUCGGGCACGCUGCAGGCGCGUGGCAGCAGCAUCACAGGCGCCGGCGUGACGCUCUUCGUGGCGCUCUACGCCUACGAGGCCAGGACGGAGGACGACCUCACUUUUGAGAAAGGGGAGAAGUUCCACAUCAUCAACAACACCGAGGGGGACUGGUGGGAGGCCAGGUCGCUGAGCUCGGGCGCCGCGGGCUACAUCCCCAGCAACUACGUGGCCCCCGUGGACUCCAUCCAGGCGGAGGAGUGGUACUUUGGCAAGAUGGGCCGCAAAGACGCCGAACGGCAGCUCCUGGGCUACGGCAACGUCCGUGGCACCUUCCUCAUCCGCGAGAGCGAGACCACCAAGGGCGCCUACUCGCUCUCCAUCCGCGACUGGGACGAGGCCAAGGGCGACCACGUGAAGCACUAUAAGAUCCGCAAGCUGGACAGCGGCGGCUACUACAUCACCACGCGGGCGCAGUUCGACACGGUGCAGCAGCUGGUGCAGCACUACGUGGACUGUAACGAUGGGCUGUGCCAUCUGCUAACCCGCGCGUGCCCCGCUCCGAAGCCCCAGACCCUGGGAUUAGCUAAGGACGCCUGGGAGAUCGCGCGCGAGUCCAUCAGCCUCGACACCAAGCUCGGCAUGGGAUGUUUCGGAGACGUGUGGAUGGGCACCUGGAACGGCACCACCAAGGUGGCGGUGAAGACGCUCAAGCCGGGCACCAUGUCGCCCGAGGCCUUCCUGGAGGAGGCGCAGAUCAUGAAGCGGCUGCGGCACGACAAGCUGGUGCAGCUCUACGCCGUCGUGUCCGAGGAGCCCAUCUACAUCGUCACCGAGUUCAUGAGCCAGGGCAGCUUGCUGGACUUCCUAAAGGACGGGGACGGACAAUACCUGAAGCUGCCCCAGCUGGUGGACAUGGCUGCGCAGAUCGCCGCGGGCAUGGCCUACAUCGAGCGGAUGAACUACAUCCACCGGGACCUCCGCGCCGCCAACAUCCUCGUGGGCGACAACCUGGUGUGCAAGAUCGCCGACUUCGGCCUCGCGCGCCUCAUCGAGGACAACGAGUACACGGCGCGCCAGGGCGCCAAGUUCCCCAUCAAGUGGACGGCGCCGGAGGCCGCUCUCUACGGCCGCUUCACCAUCAAAUCGGACGUGUGGUCCUUCGGCAUCCUGCUCACCGAGCUGGUCACCAAGGGCCGCGUGCCCUACCCAGGGAUGAACAACCGGGAGGUGCUGGAGCAGGUGGAGCGCGGUUACCGCAUGGCGUGCCCGGGCGGCUGCCCGCCCUCGCUGCACGAUGCCAUGGAGCAGUGCUGGAGGCGCGAGCCCGAGGAGCGGCCCACCUUCGAGUACCUGCAGGCCUUCCUCGAGGACUACUUCACGGCCACCGAGCCCCAGUACCAGCCCGGGGACAACCAGUGACAACCAGUUUGGGGACCGGCACGACUGGCCUCGCCUGCCCCGCGGCGCUGCG